UAUCAUGAUGGACGUGAUGUUUUUGAAUUCCUAGCUGAUUCAGUCCAUCUAAAUCCAAAUUCUUGUGUUCUCGAGAUUGGAUGUGGUACACUUCGAGUUGGCGUGCAUUUUAUCAGCUACCUAGAAGCGCAGCACUUCCACUGUUUAGAACGAGACGGGCUCUCUCUAAUGGCUGCAUUUAGGUAUGAACUUCCUUCACAUGGUUUACUGAAGAAACGACCCUUAAUUGUCAAGGGAGAGGACAUGGAUUUCAGUAAAUUUGGAGUUGGAACAGCAUAUGAAUUGAUUUAUGCAAGUGCUGUUUUUCUUCAUAUGCCUGGUAAGCUUGUUUGGGUAGGAUUAGAGAGGCUAGCUGAGAUGGUUAAAGCUAAUGAUGGUAGAAUAUUUGUGUCGCAUAAUAUCAAAUUUUGUUCUAGACUUGGCGGAGAUGAGUGUACUAAGAGACUAAGUGGUCUCGGACUUGAAUAUGUUGGGAAACAUACACAUGAUAGCUUGCUUUUCAAUCAUUUUGAGAUUUGGUUUGAGUUUAGGAGAUCAAAAUAGUACAACUCUGAUAUAUAGAUAUUGUAAAAUUAUCUUCUCUUUUUUAUUUGUGACAACAUUGUUA